AGUUAGCCGUGCUGGCUCGAGGGCCUGCUGGACAGCGAGAGGCCCGCGAGUAUCCCCACUUGGGGUAGGCCAGCUCGGCCGUGUCCGCAUGGCUUCCCCAUUGUCCGGCGGCAUCGUGGGCGUCCUCCGCACCCCGACUUUCUAUGUGGAGACAGAGGAGCAGCGCAAGAUCCUCAGCACGUUUCAGAAGCACACGGAUUUCAUCCAGGAGGAGGUUCACAAGAACAAGACUCUCUGCUUCAGCGCGCAGGCCUACCAGAAGCAACACCCGGACAAGACCCGGAAGGGCAUCCGGGAUGCUGACGUGACUUUAGGAUCCCCCAUGAUCUUAGGCGUUGCCGACGGAGUUUCUCAGAUCGAGGAUUUUGGAAUUGACGCUUCGCUGUUGCCCAAGGAUCUCCUGAGGCAUUGCCAGGACCUCGGCGCCGCCCAGCUCACCCCAGGGCACAAGGCUGGGCCGCAGGACAAGUACCGAGGACCCAUCCCGCUCUUGAAGGAUGCAUUCGAGGCCACGGAGGAUACGUUGGGUUCCACGACAGCGACCCUGGCCCUGCUUGACAACAGCACCAAGAUUCACGGGCGGCCGCACCCGAUGAUCGCUGUGAUCACCGUCGGCGAUUGCCAGCUGCUGGUGCUCCGGCGCACCCAGGGACGUGGGAGCCGCUUAGCGAGCGUGUUCCAGACGGAGAUGCAGCGCAUCGACGGACACGCGCAGACCCCGUUACAGAUAGCUCGCAUCAACGCGAAGAUCGACCCCGGCUUCCACGACGACAUCACGGUGGAGGUGAUCGAGAAGGGCUCGGCGGUGCAUUGCGUGUCGGCCUACGAGGGCGACAUCAUCGUGAUGGGAACCGACGGAGUGUUCGACAACCUGUUCUGCCACGAGGUCACUGAGAUUUGCAACCGCGUCCUCCAGCCGAACAUGAAAGGCAAUGUGCCCACGCCGAUCUUGAGGAGCUUGGGCCAGCAGAUAGUCGCAGCCGCGCACGCGAAGACCGUGCGCGGGUCGCUCGGUGUGCUCCCGGACACGCCCAUCGGUCGCGGAGGGAAGGUGGACGACACCGCCGUGGUCGUGGCAGAGGUGGUGGAGUGGACGAAGGAGCAUGCCGAUGAGCACGCAAGGAGCCGCCCGCAGCCCGACCUGGGACUCUUCGGACACUGCUGCUCCAAACGGGACGAGGAGGACGUCGAGGAGCUGAGCGAGGAAUCGGACGAGUCCUAGGUCCAAGCCCGCCUGGCACGAGCACGAAAUUCAAACAACUAGCAGCCGACGCGCCGCCGCAUCAAUGGAUGCCUCCAGCGCUGGGUGAACGCGGGGCUCCUCCGCGCCCCCCUGGUUCUUCCUUCUGCUCGUGGUCCUGCUCCUGGGCUAGCCCCUGCACCUGCGGCUGCUCCUGGGCUCCUCCUCCUCCUCCUCAUCCUCCUCCUCCCUCCUCCUUCCCCUU